AUGGUUGUGAGGCCAUUGCUAUGCUUAUCAGCAGUGAUCGCUUCGGAGUUGCCAUUUAGCCAAGAUAAGGGACCGCGGCGAACCCUCCAACGAGGAUCUGAGGUCACACAAACGAAGCGGCAUCUGCGCGGUGGCUCCGUCGUCGACGACCGCCGCGUUCUUCACACGGAUGAUUUCGCCGAGACGGUAGUAGACAAUCAGUGGCUCGUGUUGCUCGGCAUUCUCCUGCUCAUGGGCUCGGGGUCGGCGUGGAACUAUUGCCUCCUCCUCACGUGCUGCAACACCUGCGAAGGGCGAGCGCCGUCGCUCUGGGAGACGCUGAUCUGCCUCGUCUGCUGUCGGCCGCGGCGCGAGCGCCACAAUUACCGUCACGAGCGCCAUGACUCAUACUACGAUGACGACGGCGGCUGUUGCUGCGGUGGCCGCCGGCGGCGCGGCAGAGUCGUGUACGUGGAGCCGAUCUAUCCCACGUACGGCGCGCCGGGCUACGUAGUCUAG